CGCUUUGGACUCCCGGCAUUUCCUGCGACGAGCCUUGCGCCAUAUUAUCGUCGAUUCUACAAGGGUACGGAGCGCGUGGCAAGGCAAUCUUGUUCAUUGUUCAGCACAAAUCGGCGUUCGAGGAAUAUCGACGAUGAGCGACGUCGAGAGAAGCGGCAGUCGCAGCGCAAGCCCUCGUCGUCCGCGAACCACAGACGGCGGCCUAAGGGACUCGCGUUCGCACUCGAGGUCACGCAAGUCUCGCGAACGGAAGGACUCCCACAGAGAUGUCAAAUAUUCGAGGUCGCGCAGCCGUUCUGUGUCGCGCGGUCGGAAGUCAUAUCGUGGCAGCAAGUACACCAACGUUGGCCACCGUGGCAGUCGUAGCCGAAGCCGCUCGCCGUACCGAGGCGGCCGUUACUCCCGCAGUAGAUCCCGCUCGUACUCACGAUCGCGCUACUCGCGCGACCGUCAUGUGUACCGCUCGCACUCGCGCAGCCCAAUGUCGUCGAGACGUCGGCACAUUGGUAAUCGCGACAAUCCCUGCCCUUCCCGUUGCCUAGGUGUCUUUGGACUCUCCAUUUUCACGACUGAACAGCAAAUUCAGCAUAUAUUCUCGAAAUACGGCCCAGUCGAGCAAGUGCAGGUCGUUAUCGAUGCAAAGACUGGACGCUCUCGAGGAUUCUGCUUUGUGUAUUUCGAGUCGUCCGAGGAUGCCAAGGUGGCUAAAGAGCAAUGCACCGGCAUGGAAAUCGACGGGCGAAGGAUCAGAGUAGAUUUCUCUAUCACGCAACGUCCUCACACUCCAACCCCGGGAAUAUAUAUGGGAAAACCUACGCAUCUACAUGAAAGAAGCUGGGACACAUCAAGGCGUAGAGAGGUUAGCUACAGAGGAAGCUAUCGCCGUUCGCCCAGUCCAUAUUACAGCCGCCGACGUUCACGUUACGACCGUUCCAGAUCUCGCUCCUACUCGCCGCGUAAGUACAAACUUUCCACUUUAAUUUACGCAUUAUAAUAUAAGCUGUCUACAUUAAUAUGUGUCUUAUCUCUGUACUAAAAUAAAUGUUGAAACACGUAAUUACGUAUAUAUAUAUUUAUAUUUAUGUACAGAACUGCAAAUUGUUUAGCAAAAACUUCAUUUUUUUGUAAUUUAUUGCACAACAGUGCUUAUUGUAAGAUAUAUAUUUGUUUCUCUUCACUUUUUUUGUUUUACUGAACACUUCACACAAAAAUGUUACAUGGAAAAGUGCUCCGCAUGUUUUCACAACGUGUAUUUUUUUAGAGAAAGAUGAUUUCUCAUAAUAAUUCUCUGUUGUUGGUCGGACAUUUUACUGUGUCAUAUAUAUGUUAACCGCUAUUUUUUCAAGAUAUGAAAUUUAAAAGGAAUUAUUAAUAUACGUUGUAAAAAAUAUUACGAAACAGUCUACUUAAUAAACAUAAAUGCUGCUUAUUACGAAUGUAAAAAGAUUUUACACGCGCGAUACAUUUUGUUGCAUUGAAAAAAUCGUCGAACAAUUAACGAUAUGUAUAUAUAUAAAAUUUGUCGGAUUCAUAUUUUCGUAGACCGCUUGUAUUUUUAAUUGAAUGACGAUAAUGUUAAUUGGACUGCAAAGUAAGUAUUUAAGUUAGCAAGAAAACGGCAGAUGGGAGCGUCAGAGAAAUACGCUCAAUAAAUCGUACGGUAGUAGCUAAGCAGCAAUAACGUAACUUGCGUAAAACAAUCAUGGUUUUUUUGUUGCUUAAUGAAUUUCAGGUCGAUAUUAGAUGAAGUGAUGCGAGGCCAGGUCCUUUCACCAGAUCCAAUGACUUUGACCCAAAUAUUUCUUCAACGGGUCAAAUUAUGAAAUUAACGAAAUCACAUUAUAUUACUAUUCUUACCUUACCUAAUUCUGCAUCGUAUGCGAUAAAAUCUCGCAAGCGGUUUAAGUUUAUAAUAUUGUACCAAUAUUAAUGACACUGUUGACAAAGAGACAAAAAUGUAAAAUGUAGUAGAGUAGCAUACUGUUUGCACGAAAACCAGUAAGGUUAGAAUAGAUGUAAAACCUUAUUUUCAUAAGUUUAUAUCGCUUCCUCAUUAGUAUUAUGAAGAUAAGGUUUCAGUCGUGUAAAAAUAUAAAAGGCUAUAAUGUGAAAGCUGGAAUAUGAUUGAGUGUUUAAUAUUUGCGUCGUAUCUAGCUUUACAGUUGUAUUCCAGCGUAGGCUCUUUAAAAAUGUGGAAAAAUUCUCUUUGACAAAAAAAAUAAACUAAACCUAAAUAAACCUAAAAAAUAAACCAAACGCAAAAAAAGAAAAAUAAUAACAGACUUCGAGUUAAAGUAAGUUCUCUAACCUGUUUGUUUGUUUAUAAGGUUUUGAAUCAAGAGGUAUUGGAUGAUAGAGGGAAGUUUGAAGUUUCACUCUGAAAAAAUGAGUUUUGAAAAGUCGAAGACAAGAUAUUUGAAGAACACGUUUAUCUUGCUCGCAUUAUCAAGAGUCUGAAGGUUUUCUCGGUUGCUUGUGACAAAGAAUAUGAUCUGCAAUUCAUUUCCGGCUGAGAAGCCCUCAAGCCUAGAAGAAAACUUCAAGUAAUGCAAGCCCGAAGACAGAGUCGAGUUGAUCGUCAGACCCCCCCCGGCCGGGACGGAGUCAUUUGGUUGGGGGGUGAAACAGGGCCGAACGUGUUUACGAAAAUAUUCAAGAAGUUCAUCGAUAAAUCUUUCGUAGAAUAGGGACGAGCGUAAGGUUGCUCCCAACCUCUGUACCGAUCAUAUUCUUUAUCAGUUAGUUUGGUUGCCACACGCCAUUUUAUUCGUUCUAGAGAAAAAACUGCAUAUAUAUACAUAUAUGCUUAUAUGCAAAAAUCUCUAUAUAUAUAUAUGCAUACAUGAAAAUAAAGAUUAAAGUUCGUAAACCUCCUUUACCACAUCCUCUCCCUCCACCAUCCUGAGACCUCCGUUUCCUUUAAGGAAACCUCUAUCUUAUUAUAAAUUUUACCUACCUAGUAGUAAUAGAACUUUAUCAUAGCAUUUUGUCAAUAAAUGUUGUUUCUACCAUUUAAUUGACUUUGGUCCCUCUCUUUUUUCUUUUUUUUUACAUUGCGGAGUUUGGUGCGUAACAUGCGAAUCGCUUUUUACACUUUAGGCUAAAGAUAAUGCUGCGGAUCAACCCUUCUCACGAUAUGUUUCGCGUGUUAUUACCUUCGCAAAUCUCUAGGUCUUAAUCUUGUAGAAGUAUGUGAUGAGAGUUUGUCCCGCGUUUGUCGGGACUAUCUGAAAUUUAAUGCCAAUAAAGUCAGCUUCCAGCAAAGAA